CAAUCUGUCUUUCCUUUGCAUCUGUCUCUGUCUUUCCUUUGCAUCUGUCGGAGGGUGUCCCAAGCUGAAGAGCAACACAUCCUGCCCAGGGCAGAAAACACUGAACUCGGAGCUGCAAGAUUUCAACAGACAAGGAGAUACGACUGGAGAUCAGCAGGGCAGAAUGUCAGAUUCUCUGGUUGUGUGUGAUGUGGAUCCGGCGCUCAUCGAGAAACUAAAGAAAUUUCGUUUUCAGAAGGAGACUAAUAACACAGCUUUAAUUAUGAAAGUUGACAAAGACAGACAACUGGUGGUUUUGGAGGAGGAAUUUCAGGACAUCUCCCCCGAGCAGCUGAGCAAUGAGCUACCUGAGCGGCAGCCCCGAUUUGUUGUCUACAGCUACAGAUACACGCACGAUGAUGGGCGCAUCUCUUACCCACUUUGCUUCAUCUUCUCCAGUCCAGCUGGGUGCAAGCCGGAGCAGCAAAUGAUGUAUGCUGGGAGCAAAAACAGGCUGGUACAGGCAGCUGAGCUCACAAAGGUCUUUGAGAUCCGGUCCACAGAAGAGCUGACGGAGCAGUGGCUCAAAGAGCGGCUGGCUUUUUUCCGUUAACCUGGGGUCACUCAGAGAAGACCAAGUUCUCACUUAACCUCCGGCCUCCACCAGAGCCUGCCCCUCCCCUCUCUCCAGAGACAGCGCCACAGGAUGCGCAUAGCAGAAGCUGCCUCUCCAUCACAAUCUUUGCCCCAUCAGCUUUUUGCUGGUAACUGAAAUGUCUGAGAAUAAAAUUGGCUGAUUCUA